AGACAGGAACCACAUCUCAGUAGAGAUUCAGAUAAGACUACCUUUGAGCUCGGCAGCAUAUUGGUGCCGUCAUCACACGAUGCGGAAUUCGAGCACAAAAAGAAAGACAUGGACAGUCAGCCUCCGUAAAAGUAUCCACCGGUUUUUCCAUCCGCAAUACAUUACAUCUGCUGUGAUGCUCAUCCUUUUGGCUAUAUCUUCACCGUCAAUACCUUGUGUAAAGGCCUCCACAAUGGCAAAAAAUCCACAAAUUGCGAAACCUCCCCACGUCCUUAUGAUUGUCGUCGAUGAUGCGGGUGUUCAAGAUGUGGGGUAUAACGCAAGUCCUGAGUCACCUCUUCGGGGCAAGACCCCCGUUUUGGACUCAUUGGCCGCCGAGUCUGUACGUCUUAAGGAAUACUAUGUCCAUCCGGUCUGCACACCUACGCGGGCAGCUCUGCUGACAGGUCGCUAUGCCGUGAACGUCGGUAUGCCUUUUCCCUUAAUCGGGGACGCAAUUUCUGGCCUUGAUGGGAGCAUACCCACAUUACCUGAAAUGCUGAAGAGUGAGGCUAACUACAGUACGCACCUUGUCGGGAAGUGGCAUCUGGGCGCAGCCAAGGCCAAAAAUCGCCCUCUGGCCCGUGGAUUUGAUUCCUUUUACGGCCUCUUAGGUGCCAGCUUUGAUCAUUAUACCAAAAAAAUGGGAGAGGUGCGAGACUUGUGGAAGAACGAAGCGGAAGUCCCAGCCAAGGAGGUGGAUGAAAAGGAGCACGCCACCACUCUCUUCAGCCGGGAGGCUGUGAAGGUCAUAGAGGAGCAUUCUGCCCGGGGACAUGCGGGCGCAAAGGAUGGAGAUAUGGAUCCUCUCUUUCUGUACUUGGCCUACUCGGCUCCUCACGCCCCCUUACAGGCGGACGAGAAAUUCAUGAAGCUGUGCAGCGAUGUGCCGAACCGGCAUCGGCGGACUUUCUGUGCCAUGAUGGCACAGUUGGAUGAAGGCAUUGGGAAUGUGACAGCAAGUUUGAAGGCGCAUGGCAUGUGGGAGGACACGGUUGUGGUGUUUACCAGUGAUAACGGGGGCUACUUCCUGGUGGGCGGAUUCAAUUAUAACUACCGAGGUGGCAAAAGCGGUGGAUGGGAAGGUGGUGUCCGGGUCCCCGCCUUCAUUCGCGCACCGAAACGAUACAAUUUCGCCCCCAGGGAUUUUAGGGGAAUGGCGCACGUGGCUGAUUGGAUGCCAACAUUGAUGGGCAUGGCGACUGGGAGGGAAGAAGGGAGGGAGAGGAUGGGAGAUGGCUACGAUUUGAGGAAAGCUUUCCGGGGAGAUGAGGAGGGUGGAAAAGAGAAAUCGCCUAGAAAUGAAGCGCUGCUUCAACUAGAUAUCUUCCAGAACACGUCGGCGUACAGGAGUGGGUGCUUUAAGUUGCUUCUCGGGUGCCCGGGGAUCACAGAGCUCAGCUUGGAACCGACUGAGACCUUGUGGGUGGUCAAAGACGAGGAGGAAGAAGAGAAAGAGGAAGGGGAAGAGGAGAACGGUGUAAGAAAAAUUUCGCCCUUUAUGAGAGACGUUGAGGCGAAGCUUUUGGAGUGGAUUGCCGACUUGUUGGAUGCGAUAAUGUCGCCUGCUAACAACCAGGGCAUCAAGUAUCUCGCCUUUCUUAACAUAGCACUCUUCAAUGAUUGGUGGACUCGUACCUCCUUUUUUAAUUUCUUAAAUUCCCGAUACCAGGACCUAACGAUGUGGAAGGGGACCCUCGGCGAGCACGGCCCUGUCUUAGAUUGGAACCGGGACCACGGCCCCAAGAUCAUGCUCUACAACCUCUGCGAGGACCCGGAGGAGAGGCACAAUCUGGCCUUCAAGAAGGGAGGAAAAUACGUGGUAGACAGGCUUUACAGAGAAAUGAUGUCGAUUGUCAAAGAUGCGCCCCUUCAGUUUGCCGGAGACCUGGUCAUUUCUUUGCCUGGAGAGCGAGGAAGGAACCACAGCGAGUUCCCCUCGCAACCCUUCUUGCAGGAGGCGGAGGACAUCUCCACGUUCGCUUGGGUUCUCGACCGCGGUUUCCAUGCGCUGAACCGGCGCAUCACGUACUUGGUCCAUGGCCUCUCGGUCUUGUUGCUUUUGACGAUAGUCUGGGGGUGGUGCGUUGUGGAAAGCAUAUUUGAGGAAAAGAGGAGAAAGAGGGAAAUCGGCGCCCUUAAGAAGGAGUAGAGAGCAGAGGAAGGGAUGGUAAAUCUCCAAGGUAGGGAUCCUAACGUCAGGGCAAGGAUAAUGAAAAAAAAGGAAGAGCGUGACGCUGCGAUUAGUGGGCGUAGAGGGUAUCAUCGGGAUAGGAAUGAUGGAAGUGGCGAUGCCGCGUACAGGAGAGUUAAAUAGCAGAAGCUGUUGAUAAUAUUUAAGUAUAUGUAAAACCCAUAGAGAGACCGCUGUCCAUCUCAGCAAGUAAGAGACCAAGCACUGGAAUGACGGAGGAUACGAAGAGUCAAUGACACAGGAGCCUCGGUGCGGGCCCCGCGGCAGUCUUACUCCAGGCAUGAGAAGUAGCUGAACAGUGUUUGAAAACGAGACGAAUUGAGCGGAGACAUGUCAAGUGGUGUGUGUGGGAGUGUGCCUCGUUCUGAAUGCGAUCACCCGUUUAAGAUUCAUUCAUCCCAGAAGCCUUUAAAGCUUGAGAUAUUUCUAAAUUUGAGAGCGUCAAAUCGUAUUCAGAAAAGCGUUCGAAAAAAAGAAAUAGAGGCAUGAUGUGUCUCAAGGAUC